GGCGUCUCUCCUCGAGGACUCAGUAGAGCUUUGAGGAGCGCGCGAGGCAGCAGCCUAGGGACUGCCCCCACUGAAACAAGUGCGCAUCAAGCGACCACAACACGUGAACGGCACGAGCGGGACGCACCGCCUCGAGACUUUGUGAUUCUUUAUCAGUUUGUUUUUUAAUUCGAGAGGAUGGACCUCACAGCCAAGAUGGAAAUUAACGUCAGCCAGCAGCAGCUCCUUCCACCAGCGUGCUUCUUCUCCGCCGCCGCCGCGCAGAGCAUCCAGCUGAGCCCGAGCGGCAGCAGCCAGAGCGCGAAGUCUGCGUCCAAGCAGCCCAAGAGGCAGCGCUCCUCCUCCCCGGAGCUGCUGCGCUGCAAGAGGAGGCUCAACUUUGCAGGCUUCGGGUACAGCCUCCCUCAGCAGCAGCCGCACGCUGUGGCCCGGAGGAACGAGAGGGAGCGGAACCGAGUCAAACUGGUCAACAACGGCUUCGCAACCCUAAGGGAGCACGUGCCAAACGGAGCCGCUAACAAGAAGAUGAGCAAAGUGGAGACGCUGCGCUCUGCGGUGGAGUACAUCCGCGCCCUGCAGCAGCUGCUGGACGAGCAUGACGCGGUGAGCGCGGCGUUUCAGUCUGGGGUCCUCUCACCCACCAUGUCGCAGGGAUACUCAGCUGACAUGAACUCCAUGGCGGGGUCGCCGGUGUCCUCUUACUCAUCAGAUGAGGGAUCAUACGACCCUCUGAGUCCAGAGGAGCAGGAGCUGCUGGACUUCACCAACUGGUUCUGAGCAUCUGUAUGAGGAGUAUGGAUCAACUCAUUUAACUGUUGUAGUGCGCUUGGGAUGGUCCCGGAGGAGGCUGGUGGUGGUCCUCAACAACAAGACGCACUGUAAGCGCGUUUUGGCCCCGCGUCCUGAACGCCCAGUCCUCCCAGACUGACUCAAAGACAGACAGACAGACUCGGCCUUACAGCCCUGAAAACUUCUGGGGAGGUGAGGCCAGAGAUCAGCGCCAAAGGAUUAAAGGAAGACGGGUCUCCUGACAGCGUGGGAAUCCAAACUUCUGAGCAUUUGCCCAUGUUUUAAAAAAACAAACCUAAAAGUGAAUUCACGCUCUUCAGCAGCACAUUAAAAACAUUAUUUAAUACGUUGCUCUUCAACUAUGCUAAACCCAAUCACAGAACAGCAAACCUUUGGUUAAACCUCUCUGAAAUGCUUCCAAGUCGCGGAUUAUUCUAUGAAAUUCUAUAUCGAACGCUUUUUUUGAAAUAUAUUAAGAUAUUUUUGUAUGUAAGAGAUUUAUAGAUGUUUUGUACACAUCCUUUUGUAUAUAUUUUGUCUAUAUAUUGAAGUUGCUUCUAUACCUCCUGCCUCUGUAGACGUGUAGUCUAUUAUUCUCUGGCUCUUCUGUUCAUGAGGUUUCCAGAAGGAGUUUGACACUCCGCCUUUUUAUUCUAUAGCACCGAUGUGUCUUAUUUAAUAGCAAA